AUGAGGUAUUCGGACCUCGUCACCGUCACCAAACCCGUGAUCUACAUCUCCAUUGGAGAAAUCAUCAACACUCACACGCUGCUUUUGGACCACCAGGAUGCCAUCGCUCCUGAACACAACGAUCCGGUCCACGAGCUGCUGGAGGACCUGGGCGAGGUUCCUACAGUGGAGUCUCUGAUCGGUGAGAAUCCUCUUCCUCCUAAUGAUCCAAACAAAGAGCUGAUGGGCAAAACCGAAGUUUCUCUCACUCUCACCAACAAGUUUGACGUUCCUGGAGAGGCCAACGUCGAGAUGGACGCCAAGACGCUGCUGCUCAACACAAAGAGGCUGAUCGUGGAUGUGAUCCGGUUCCAGCCGGGCGAGACGCUGACUGAGAUCCUGGACUCCACAGCAGGCACAGAACAGGAAGCAGAGUACCAGCGGGCGAUGCAGAGGAGGGCGAUCAGAGACGCGAAGACUCCAGAGAAAAUUAAGCAGGUGAAGCCGGUUGUAGACGACAGUUUGACCCUGCAGGGGAAAAAGGACAAGAUCCGGAGCAACCUACAGAGGCUGGCAGAGCUUGGUAAGGUCCACCCCCAGAACCGCUACCAGGACCUGAUUAACGACAUCACCAAGGACAUCAGAAAUCAGAGACGUUACCGUCAGCGCAGGAAAGCUGAGCUGGUUCGACUCCAGCAGACAAAUGCAGGCCUGAACUCAAAAACCAACUUCUUUAAUGUCCAGAUCGACUCGUACAACCAGUACAUCAAGGUCUGCAUGGACAACCUGGCCAGCAAGAGCAAGUUGUCAAAGAAACCCGGGGACAACAAGGCGAAGAAGAGUAAGCAGGUUUCUCAGAAGUACACAGCGUCUCGUCUGCAUGAGAAAGGCGUCCUGAUCGCCAUCGAGGACCUGCAGCCCAACCAAUUCAAAAAUGUUAUUUUUGAGAUUUCUCCAUCAGAGGCGGUCGGAGUGUUCGACGUGAAAGCCAAGCUGAUGGGAGUUCACCUGGAGACGCUUCAGUUAGAGUAUCAGGAUCUUCUCCAGUUGCAGUACGAAGGCGUUGCUGUGAUGAAGCUCUUCGAUCGAGCAACCAUCAACGUCAACCUGCUGAUUUUCCUGCUCAACAAGAAGUUUUACGGGAAAUAAAGACGAAAAAGGGUUUCACAGA